AGCAUGGGAGCUAACUACCUCAAGGAAGCCACGAGCGAUGGCCUCGCGCUUUCUUCCAGAGACGAGAGAAGGUUCCUGAAGCACGUCCACGAUAACGUUCACGGCAACAUCUAUCUCGAUCCUAUGAUUGGCCGGAGACUGUUCGGAUUAGUUUUGGCCACAGAUUGUAUGCACGUUCAUGCAUAAGCACAUAAGCAUCGGUAUUGCUAUAGCUAUCACAUAUAUGCUCGGUUUAAUUGAAUGUAAGAGGAUGUGAGAAAAUGCUAGUGUGACUACAGUUGAGGUUCAAAUAUAAGGCAACUUAGUGAGAUUACGACAUACAUUUAUAUGUUACAGUUACACAUGUAUUAUCUAGCUCUUAUGCAGGUCUAUCUAGUAGGAAGUCUUAUGUGUUAGUCACCCAUAUCCUAACCAGUUAUUAAUACUCGCUUUCAUCUUUUUCCCCUUUCCGGUUGCAGCUCUCGUUGAAGUUUAUUGACACAGAACAAUUUCAGAGACUUCGUGAUUUGAAGCAGCUAGGAGUGUCAUACAUGGUCUACCCUGGGGCUGUGCAUUCUCGCUUUGAGCAUUCACUUGGGGUAUAUUGGCUGGCUAGUGAAGCUAUCAACAGAUUGAAGACUCAUCAAGGCCUGGAGCUUGACAUUGAUAAUUUUGACAAACAGACUGUCAAGAUUGCUGGUCUACUACAUGAUCUUGGUCAUGGACCAUUCAGCCACAUGUUUGAGCGUGAAUUUAUUCCAAGGGUUCUCCAUGGCCUGAAAUGGUCUCAUGAAGAAAUGUCUCUGAAGAUGAUAGACUAUAUUGUAGACGAGCAUAACAUCGACAUUGAGUCUGACUUUCUUAAGAAAGUGAAGGAAAUGAUAAUUGCCUCUGAGAAGGAUGAAUUUAAAAGCUCAAAAGAAAAGAAAUUCUUAUAUGACAUUGUUGCUAAUGGACGCAACGGAAUUGAUGUUGACAAAUUUGAUUACAUUGUCCGUGACUCCAGGGCUUGUGGUUUGGGCUGCAACUUUGAGUAUCAGAGAGUCUUGGAAACUAUGAGAGUGAUAGAUGAUGAGAUAUGCUAUCGUGCUAAGGAGUAUCUUACCAUUCACAAGUUAUUUGCUGCUCGAGCGGAUUUGCACCGCACUGUCUAUAUGCAUGCAAAAGUGAAGGCAGUAGAACUCAUGCUAGUCGAUGCCAUGACAAAAGCAAACGAUGCUCUUCAGAUUUCAUCCUACAUUAAUGAACCAGCUCAAUAUUGGAAGUUGGACGACACAAUAGUAAAAACAAUUGAAACUUCUACCUCCCAAGAUCUGAAGGAGUCCAGAGAUCUGAUCCUCCGUAUCCGGAGAAGGGAUCUUUACCAGUACUGCAAUGAGUAUUCAGUUCCAAAGGAAAAUCUUGAACACUUUAAAAGUGUUACUCCUCAAGAUAUAGUUUGCUCACAGAAUUCUGCUGACGCAACUCUAAAUGAGGAAGAUAUUGCAGUGAGCAAUGUCCGGAUUGAUCUUACUCGUGGAAACAAUAAUCCGUUAAAUAGGAUCAGCUUUUUCGAGGAUUAUGACAGCACCAGAAAAAUCAGUAUUUGUGAUGGUGCAAUCAGUCAUUUGCUCCCUACAUCUUAUGAAGACAUGAUUGUCAGAGUUUACACCAAGAAGCCUCACCUGGUGGAAGCUGUGGCUAAGGCCUUUGAAAACUUCCAGGUGAAGACAUACGGGGUGAAAACUCAAGUCCAUGAAACUCCCACGAAGACGAUGAAGAAGCGGUUGAGGUACCACCACUAGGUGGUCUAGACUGAAUUUUGUGCAUAUGGUAGCUGGAACACGUACAUGCAAAUACAAUCCCCCGAAGAUCAAUAUAUACACAAGUAGUUCUGAAAAGUAAUCUUUGCAUUUCAUGCAUCUUCAGUCGCUUACCUAAACAAUGUGACCCCGUGGUAAUAUUUUUGCAGAACUGAUGAAAUUACACUUGUUAGACACUGCACAUUGCUUUAGCAUUAAUGAAGAGUGCACCGUUGGUAUA